CGAUCCACCGGCGGGCGCACACGGGCGACGCCCCUCGCCUGCCCCGAGUGCCCCAAGGCCUUCGCCGACCCCUCUGCCUUCCGCAAGCACCUGCGGGGCCACGCGGGGCUGCGGCCGCACCGCUGCGGCGCCUGCCCCAAGGCCUACGCCGAGCGCAAGGACCUGCGCAACCACCAGCGCUGCCACACGGGCGAGCGGCCCUUCCUGUGCGCCGACUGCGGCAAGAGCUUCGGCCGCUCGUCGUCGCUGGCCUGCCACCGCCGCAUCCACGCCGCCGCCAAGCCCUUCCCCUGCGCCGCCUGCGGCAAGGCCUUCACGCAGCUCUCGUCCUUCCAGAGCCACCGGCGCGUGCACACCGGCGAGCGCCCCUUCCUGUGCCCGCAGUGCGGCCGCACCUUCGCCGACCCCUCCAGCUUCCGGCGCCACCAGCGCGCCCACCAGGGCCUCAAGCCGUGCCGCUGCGGCGACUGCGGCAAGGCCUUCCGGCAGCCGGCCGACCUGGCCGUGCACCGGCGCACCCACACGGGCGAGCGGCCCUGGCGCUGCGGCGACUGCGGCAAGGGCUUCGUGGCCUCCUGGGACCUGAAGCGGCACCGCCUGACGCACUCCGGGGAGCGGCCCUGGCGCUGCGGCGACUGCGGCAAGGGCUUCGGCGAGCGCGCCGCGCUGGGCAAGCACCGGCGCACGCACUCCGGGGAGCGCCCCUUCGCCUGCGCCAGCUGCGGGAAGGGCUUCGGCGGCGCCUCCGGGCUGCGCAAGCACGAGAGGACGCACGGCCGCGGGGACGGGCGCGGCGCGGGCGGGGCGGGAGCGCAGCGCGGGGGGGGACGCGGCCGGGGGGGACCCCGGGGCGGAGGAGGCCUGCGGGGCAACCGGUGCGGCCGCCGGAGGAAGGGGGGGCAAUAUGGCCGCCCCCAGUGUGGUAUCUGCUGAUAUGGCCACCCCUGGUGUGGUAUGUGCUGAUAUGGCCACCAAUAUGGCCACCCCCGGUGUGGUGCCCGCCAAUAUGGCCACCCCCGGUGUGGUAUGUGCUGAUAUGGCCACCAAUAUGGCCACCCCCGGUGUGGUGCCCGCCAAUAUG